CCAAUGCUGGGCAUAUUAGAGGUACGCAAAACCCUAAUUCCAUCCCCCUUAAAUUCAUCGCAUCCGUAUGAGCUUUGCUCUGUUGCACCCAAACCUAGGUAGCGUAGCCUCUUCCAGGGUUUAGAUUUCCCCCUUCUACAACACAGAGAAGCAAAACUCCACCCAAAUAUGGCGCCGUCAACCCAGUCCGUACAGUGCUUCGGCCGGAAGAAAACCGCCGUCGCCGUGACCCACUGCAAGAGCGGCCGAGGCUUGAUAAAAAUCAACGGAGUACCGAUCGAGCUGGUCCAGCCUGAGAUCCUUCGCUACAAGGCGUUCGAGCCCAUUCUUCUUCUCGGCCGCCACCGUUUCGCUGGAGUCGACAUGCGCAUCCGCGUCAAGGGCGGUGGUCACACCUCUCAAAUCUACGCAAUCCGUCAGUCUAUUGCUAAGGCCCUCGUUGCGUUCUACCAGAAGUACGUUGACGAACAGUCCAAGAAGGAGAUCAAGGAUAUUUUGGUGAGGUACGAUAGGACCCUUUUGGUGGCUGAUCCUAGGCGCUGCGAGCCGAAGAAGUUUGGGGGUCGUGGUGCUCGUGCUAGAUUCCAGAAGUCUUACCGUUGAAAUGUCGGUAGUGUCGCUGCCUUUGUUAUUGAUAUUACCACUUUUGUCUUUUGAGAUUAUUGUUAGUAUUGUUAUGUUUUAUUUACUGAAUUUUCUGCUAUGUUUUGGAUAUUGUUUUCCUUUUUGUUUCGUUGUAGAAAGAGCAUUUUGAGAUACAUUAUCUAAUAUUUAUAUUUUCGUUCAUUGGAAUUGUUUUGUUUCCGCU